AGAAUCGGACUGCUUACAGAAUGGAGGCACAUGUACCUGCAGCGAAGAGGCAGAAGACGUCAGCCAACCCCAAACAGACAAGUGCUGCUGGACCCUCUGGAGCCGCUGGUGGGACGGUAGACCUAGAGGCACAUUGCAGAGCCUUGGAGAUGCAGAACGCAAACCUCAAAGAGCAGCUGGCAGCCACGCAGCAGCAGUUAAAGGAGGCAUCAGCAUCAGUCACCUCUGCAGCAGGAACAGCCAAAAAAGCUCAAGCGCCUGCUAAGCUAGAGGAGCUGGUUUACUCCCCCGAGCAGCACAGCAACUUUCUGCGCACGGCUCGGCGCGUGCCGGCCAUCGGUCUGCUUGACAUCUCUGGCCUGGACAGGACCAGCAGCAGCUUCGCGGGAGGCCCCUUCAGCAUGAAGAUUCUGUUCGGCAAGCCGCAGUGGCGUUCGGACAAAAAGAUUGACGCGGUGCUAGCAGCUCUGACUGCGGGGACCGAUAAUGUUGAGCGGUUGGACCUCGGCGACGCGCCAUGGGCCACAGAGUUCAAGUACGCCAAGGACCUCGUGAAGCUGUUGCGCAAGUACAAGAAAAGCUUGACAAGCCUCCGCAUUACAAUGAGGGCUCUAGUGCAGCCCAGCGGAAAGGGCUCCAGCCAGGCAAACGCAAUCGACGUGAUCGGCGCUCUGCCUAACCUGGCCAAGCUGGAACUGGUUGUUAACUCAGUGGACAAUCAUUUUAGCGCCUACGGGGGUGAAUUCCAGACAGAGCGUAUGGCGUUCGGCAGUAAGAAGCCCAAGGUGUCCUUUGCUAAGAUCAAGGAUAUAGAACUCUACUUAUCACGGGACUGGUUCGAUCAGCAGUUCGGCGGGAUCGACUCCAAUUGCGACGGCGACGACUACUACUCCGCUUAUGAAAGUAUCGGCGGGGGUUACGACGAGACAGAGGAUGACAGGUUGCCGGAUUUGCUCGAGCACAGGAAAGAUGUCAUCACACACUUGGACUUCACUGACUUCAAGAAGACCAGGGUUCACCUGCCCAUUGAGGACUUAUUUGCUUCGCUCACCAAGUUACGCUCAAUCUCGCUGCGCAGCGAGUUUCUCCACAUCAUCAAGGAGAUGAAAGUCCUGAAAGAGCUGGAGCUGCACGUGGUCGGUGGCGCAGCCGCGGCCACCCUGGAGGAGUUGUCGCCGGUGCUGAGCGCGGUUGAGGUGCUGGCGGUGCAGGUGGGCCCCGCCGUGGAGCCCGCGGCCGCCGACGCCCUGCUGGAGGCGAUGGCGCGGCUCUGCUCGGGCCGCACGGAGAUGAGCCUCGUGGGUGCGGGCUGGAGGGAUGCGGCCGUGGGCUGCAUGCUGAGGACCGGGAGUGCUGCUCUGCGCUGCGUCCGCCUCGCCAAGUGCGCCGGUGUUCAGGCUCAUCACCUUUCUCUACUCUCUUCACUAACCCAACUACAAGAAAUUGCUCUGCCCCAGCGCCUCAAGACCGCUGUGCAGCCUGAGGUCCUACGUAGCUGUGCUGCUGUGAAAAUACUUUGGGAGUAGCAUUUUGACGCAACCUGAAAGGUUUUUCUACCCUUUUAUUUAUAUUUUCUCUCCCACUUUAUUUAACUUUUUCAAAAUGAAAUCAGCUUAUGACUUGCCCUAUUCUGGUUGCAUUCUUUAUUCUUUAUUGCGGACUUUAUUUAUCUUGUAAUACGUUUCCAUUAGUAAACUGUUAAGUAUCUA